CUCAGAUGGAUUAAAGCCUCUUGGUUUCUGGUUCUGGUGCUUCAGUUUACAGCAGCAGCAACAGGACAACAUUACCUCUCCUUCACUGUCAGAGAUGGAGAUGAAGUCUCUUUGCCUUGUUUCAAUGUGAUGGAUGAUCAUAAGAACUGUGACUCUACUUAUUGGAUCUUUAAUGAUUUCAAGAGUCCAGUAUUUCUGGUUCAAGAAGGGCAGAUUGGUGUUGAAGCUAAAGAUAAAUCAGACAGACUGAGUGUUUCAGAGAAUUGUUCUCUGGUUAUAAAGAAGGUCACCGAUGAAGAUGCUGGUCGUUAUGUGUGCAGACAGAUCAGAUCAGGACACCAACAAGGUCAAGAUGCUUUGAUUGAUCUGUCUGUUGUGACCAUGACUGAACACAAGGACUCUGAGGAGGUGAUCUGCUCUGUGUCCACAUAUUAUAAACCAUGUGGACUCAAAGUGAAGUGGCUGAUUGAGGAAGAAGAGGUGGAGGAAGACCACCAAGACGUGAUGACAUCACAGUCUUCCUGCUCCGCCUCUCUGAAGGUGAAGACUGGUUCCUUUAACACAUUGAGGUUUAAUUCAUGGAUGUGUGAAGUGACCGUUGGCGACCAAGUGCAGAAGUUUACGUUCAGAAAUCCUCCUUCAGGUGAUAAAACAGGUGAAGACACAACAACAACAACAACAACUGAAGAUGACACUAUUUCAGGCUGGUGGAGGGUCAUCUUGGUGCCGGUUGGGUUAGCAGCUCUCGUCAUAAUAGUUGUGGCCGUCAACAUUUGGGCAAGAAUGAAAGAGAAGAAACCUCCGAGGGAUGAAGCCGCUGUGCGUUAUGACGAAGGAGAAGAAACCGUGAACUAUGAAAACAUCCGACCUCCUGAUGGAGUUUGACCAGCCCGUCAACACAUGUCUCAACAGGUGGAGAUCAUGUGAACUGGAGGUCCGUCUGAAUACGUUCCACCGGGGGGACGAAGCCUUCGUGACAACCACAAACAAAUCUGUUGUUGUACAUUUCUGAGAAUAUCUUUCAGAUGGAAAUCCUGCUUGUUGAGAAAAGAGUUUAAUGAUCUGUUCCUGCAUGAGUUGUGAACAUGUUUCUCACCUGUUCACGACACAGCAGCUGAUCUUAACUUCAUUUAACAGGAAGGAACAUUUAACUCUGAACUUCCUUUUUUUAUCUUCCAGCUGAACAUUUCACAGCUGAUCUGAACAUUUACUAUUUAUAGGAUAACUCCUUUUAAUCCACUUUCAUUCAGCAUUCACAUAUCUGUGAGGGUGUGCCUGUGUUCCAAUGGCUGUUCAGCCUCAAUGGAGUCAGCACCUCUUCUCUUAAUGUAAUAUCUGAUCACUAUAAGAUCUGCAAAUAAAGAGAGUUGUUUUCUA